GAAAGAGAGGGCUUGGACAUUAGCCUAAAAAGUCCUGUGGUUUUCUCCCUUUCGGGUUUCCACGUAAAAACUGAGUGUUCAUACACAUUUAUACAUAUAUUUACUAUAUCGUGUUGGAUUAAAACUCAACACUGGCGCCGUCUGUGGGAAUCAGUUCAAAAAGACUAAGCGUGUUCUUCAGUCUGCUGCAUCAAAGAUGCAUACGAAAGGAACCGAUUCAGCAAAAAAGAAGAAAAGUUGUUUGGAACAUCUGGUUUCCAGCAAAGAAAAAAGAAUGAAAAGAUUCUGGAAAAAAAAAGGAAGUAGGAAGUCCGAAUCUGGAAUUUGGUAGACCCUAUGCUAGCCGGAGCAACCUUCCAUCGUCGUGGGUUCUGCAAAGAUUGUUUUUUCUUGAUAUCCCCAAGAAAGACUGAUUCAAGGGAGUUUACUGUCAGUAAGAAUAAGGGGAAGAAAAUGGAAAUAGAAGCACCUAGGUACGAUGUUCCAAACCACGAUAGACAACCGUUUAGCCGGAAAUUGUUUCGGUGAAGGCCGAGCCGAUGGGGGCAAGUGGUUGACCUUUACCAAGGAAGAAGAUGAAGAACGGGAGCUACUGACUCGUUAGCAGGAGUAGCUUGUCUCCCCACAUGGGUAAGUGAAGGUUACAGGAUGGUGAAAUGACUUGAGGGGCCCACAUCCCUGUUUUAACUUUUCAAUGAUGCAAAUAACCAAACCAGCACCAAGAACCGAAGUGCCUCUAUAUGCGAUUAGAGUUGCCGCAUGUAGAACCUCCCCUACCAAAGCUGGUCCGCCGAGGAGGGUAGCGCCCGAUGAGCAACCCUCAUCCCACCUGAGAUUACGGAGGUCCUGUUUCCAUGCACGUACAUGCUGAACUCAAAGGAAGCAUAGCAAGGGAUCGGACGCACUGCCCCUUACGAGAAGUCUGACAAGUGCUGAACGUUGCCCAAUUACAGUGGUCCGCCGGUCGGCACUCGACGACUUAACCAGGCAAGUAAUCCGAAGGGUUUUGAGAAAAGGCAGCAGUUUCGCGUGGACCACUCGCAGGACCCAGUUUUGGACGCCAUUUGAAGCCCGGCCACCCCGACUCUUACAACCGUCCGUCCCCAGGCAGCCUGGACUAACAGGAUGGCCGCGCGGCUUCUCAAAUGAAGCCCUGUUCUCAACGCACCUCAGGGGACAGCCGGAACCUUGCAGGCUGGACGUCCGUCUUUCCAAAGACCUGCUCAAUGAUCAACGACGAACGGCCCGAUUGCCGUUUGGUUAAGUGGCCACCCGACUCGUAGUCAGUUUUAUCACCGUCCCAUUUGAUCACUUAUCAGCAAUCGGCAUAGUCCUGACUUUCUGUGAAUCUGCAAGAUCUCAAAGGGAAUUCAAGACUAAAAUUUUGGGGAGAGCAUUGGCUCAGAGCGUCGCCAGUCUCCAAGUGAACCAUGGAACUAUGGAAGUGAAUGCCGGCCCCGAACAGGGUCUUCCUCGCCGCUCGGCUUCAGUCUACCACACGCCGCUCGACACUCAUGGCUGACCGGCCGGAGAGGAGUUGCCAUGGACGCCGCGAUGGGCUGGUCGCCGCUCAGCCUGACCUACGCUCAUCCCCCUUAGGACACAAACGGCAGGCCGUUGUCGGAUCGAAGUUGGCACGCAGCUCGGCCUAUGGUUGAUCCGCCGCUCGGCUAUUGGUGUCAGCCGACGUUUCCUCUUGUUGCUGCGAAGGAAGGGAAAGCCAACGGGCUUUUACUAAGUCGAUGGGCCGGACCUUUUUCAGCUCCAAGAGAAUUCUCUAAAAGACCACGUACGUCUUGGCUAAGUAAAAUCAAAAGCCUUUCAAUGGAAAUUGAGAAUUUUCAAUGGGGCCAUUGGUUGAACGUAUGGGACUUGUGAAAAUAUGUCAUCAAAGUCAAAAUUGGUGAAAGGAGCUCACCCCAUUCCACUUGGAGAUUACCUGGACGAACGUCUCCAUUAUUCUUCAGCUAAGUGCCUACACUUCUAAGUUGGUACAUUAAUUAAUUUACUAGUUUAAAGUAUUAUUAUUACUAGUAUUUUUAUCACCAUUCACUACAAGAAAAUGGGCUAUUUGCGAAGGGAAAUGUGGUCGCAAAAACUAAAUAAUUGGUCGUUAUCUGAAACGCACGGAAACGCCUGGGGGUGGGAGUUUCCCCGUAUUGGAAACGUUGGAACGUUUCCGAGCGUGGGAAACGUCAAAAACGCGUACCUGGACCGUUUCUUAAUUUAGGGAAAUUCGGAAACGCGUUUCCCCCAAAAAAAACACAGUUCUGAUAAAAAAAAAUAGGGCCGUUUUACAUUCCAGCGAACGGGAAGCCCCAAAACUAAAAUAUUAGUGUUAGUAGAAGUCAAACCAAUCAUCUUCACUCUUCAACCCUACGCAUAGCACUCAUAGCAGUCAUCACUUCGUCGCCGGCUUCAGCAGGGUUCGCCGGCUUCAGCAGAGGUCGUCACCUGCCGCAGAGGUCGUCGUUCAGGUAACUUUCAGAUACUUUGAAAUAGUUCCCCUUAUCCCCUUCUUUCGUCGUUUUGAGCAGGUGGCUCGUCUUGUACGUCGUUGGCUAUAUUGUUCUGAGCUUGUAAGAUUAAUGAUUUUUUCUGUAAAUAUAGGCUUCAAUCCCCAGUUCGUAGUCAGUAGCCACCAGUCCCAUAUUUAUUGUGUUUAGUGUCGGUGGGUGUAAAAUGGCAGAUUAGUGGGUGUGCAUUUAAAGUGAAAUUUAAUAGUGCAGUAGUGCUGUGUAUUCCACUAGACAUUUGGCACUUUUAAUUUUUAAUUGGAGCUUGGCAUACGCACAUACAAUGUUUAUAAUUUUGUUGAAUACUUCGUGUAACUCAAUCACCACAUUAUGAAUAAGCUUAAUAUUUAUAGUAUGUUAAAUAAUUCAAUUACUUUUUUAUACUCCGUAUUUUAUUGCAUAUCGUAUAAUUUAGAUUAUUUUUAACUUUGUAGUGAUGGAGGACAGUGUUAAUGAUACGACACAAUCUAAAGAGGAGGUAAGUAGUCCUUUGUGGCAAUUUGUUAAAAGACUCCAAAAAACGGGUGAUGGAGGUGGCAAUGUGAAAUGGAUCUGUAACUUUUGUGGUAGCCAAAAAUAGGGGACAUACACUAGAGUGAGGGCUCAUUUACUUAAACUGCCUUCAAAAGGAAUCGCUGUAUGUCCAAAGGUUGGGCUGGAGAGUAUUUUUGAAAUGAAAAAGCUUGAAGAAGAUGCUGCAAAACAAAUAGCUGGUUCACAACCCAAGCGAGUAUCCUUGCCUACUAGCAGCACGCAAAGCAGCUCAACUUAUUUAUCGAUAAACGAACCAAGUCGUUUAGAGAUGUUGAAAAAAAGAAGAGUCGAUGACUCGCCCAUUGCCAAAGCUUUUGAUUUGCAAACUAGGAAUCAGUUAGACGAAGAGAUUGCAAGGAUGUUCUUCACUGGAGGUAUUCCUUUUAAUUUUGCAAGAAACCCAUAUUAUAUUAGCUCAUAUACUUUUGCUGCUAAUCAUAAUUUGGGUGGAUAUGUACCUCCUGGUUAUAACAAGUUGAGAACUACAUUACUUCAACGGGAGAAAGCGCACGUGGAGAUGUGCUUGGAACCUAUAAAAACCACUUGGUAUCAAAAAGGUGUGACCAUAGUUAGUGACGGAUGGAGUGAUCCGCAAAGGAGGCCAUUAAUUAAUGUGAUGGUUGUUUGUGAAGCUGGGCCAAUGUUUAUCAAAGCUGUCGAUUGUUCAGGGGAGGUAAAAGAUAAGCAUUUCAUUGCUAAUAUAUUGACAGAUGUUAUUAAUGAGAUUGGUGAUCACAAAGUCAUUCAAGUAAUCACCGAUAAUGCCAGAAAUUGCAAGGCAGCUGGAGAAAUUAUUGAAGGUCUAUUUCCGCAUAUUUAUUGGAUUCCUUGUGUUGUUCACACUCUUAACCUUGCCUUAAAGAAUAUCUGUGCGGCGAAAAAUGUGUUAACAAAUGCAGAAACAUAUGAAGAGUGUCAUUGGAUCACAGAAGUUCAUGGAGAUGCGGUGCACAUCAAAAAUUUCAUAAUGAACCAUUCCAUGAGGCUCUCUAUGUUCAGCCGAUUUAGCACUUUGAAGUUGCUUUCAGUUGCUGAUACUCGCUUUGCUUCUAUUAUUGUCAUGCUUAAGAGGUUUAAACUUUUGAGACGUGCUUUACAAACAAUGGUUUUGAGUGAUGAAUGGGCAGAAUAUCGAGAUGAUGAUCAAGGAAAGGCUAAAUUUGUGCGUGAAAAGAUUUUAGAGGAAGGUUGGUGGGAGAAGGUUGAUUACAUAUUGCAGUUCACUGGUCCUAUCUAUGAUAUGAUUAGAAUUUGUGAUACUGACAAACCAUGUCUCCAUUUGGUUUACGAGAUGUGGGACUCAAUGAUUGAAAAGGUGAGAAUGACUAUCUUUGAGCAUGAAGGAAAAACAUAUGGUGAAUAUUCUCCCUUUUACUACGUUGUUCAUCGCAUUCUUGUUGAACGUUGGACGAAGAACAGCACCCCGCUUCAUUGCUUAGCUCAUUCCUUAAAUCCGCGGUAUUAUAGUGAAAAAUGGAUCCAGGAAGGAGUUGGGAGAUUGCCUCCACAUAUGGAUAAUGAACUUUCUUUAGAGAGAAAUAAGUGUUUUAGGCGAAUUUUUCCGUCUGAAGAGCGUGUUAAGGCUAUUGAUGAAUACGCUAAUUUCUCUUUGAAGAUUGGUCCGUUUAGCGACCCAGAUUGUAUUGCUGCUAUGUGUGAUACGGAUCCUAGAAAGUGGUGGGCAGUGUAUGGAUCAGGUGCACAAUUACUCCAAAAAUUGGCGUUUAAAGUGCUUGGGCAACCUAGCUCUUCAUCCUGUUGUGAACGAAAUUGGAGUACUUAUUCUUUUAUCCAUUCACUACGACGGAACAAAUUAAAUCCGAAGCGUGCAGAAGAUUUGGUGUUCAUUCACAAUAAUCUACGCUUACUUUCAAGAAAUUCUGCCCAGUAUGAAGAUGAGAACACUAAGAUGUGGGAUGUUGGUGGAGAUCAAUUUGCAAGCUUGGAAGAUGUUGGUGUUCUUGAGUUCGCAAAUCUAUCACUGGAUGAACCGGAUCUUGAACGUGUUUUUUUUAAUGAAGAUGUUGAUCCCGUGGAAGAUGGCUCCACUGCAACUUAAUUUGUUUUUAUGGAUGUUGUGUUUACUGUUUUGUUAUGGACUAAGUUUUCAAUAUUUCUAUGGACUAAGAUUUCAAUAAUGUUAGACUUCAAUAUGCUGAAUUAUUAUGACUUUUUAGGAUGAAAUAAUCUCGUGUGGGC